AUGGAGGUUUUCUUGACUCGACUUACCCAACAGGCGAUGAACUAUGCCAUCCGAUCUGGUAUUGCGAUAACAGCAAGCUAUGCCAUGCGACAAUCGUCUCGCUUGCUCAAAAAUGUGGAUGGCGAAGACCGUGAAGAGCUUUUAGCUUUGCAACAGCGAUUGGAGAGCAAGAUUCAGGUCAUCUCUCCGUCGAUUGACAUGAUUGAACUAAUUGCUGCACGUGGCAAUACAUCCCUUGAAUCUGCUGUUGCUCUCACGAAAUCCCUGAGAUGGGAUAUCCAAGCUCUUGGCCAACGACUGGCGAAAGCAGCUGCCGCUGAAGAAGCAUUGAGAAAGAAGCCUCGAGCAUCCAAGGAUCGUGUGAAUAAUGUGAUGGAGAUAAAGCACAUCAUUAAGGACACCAAGAAAUUGCUUGCACGAAUUGAAGACGCAGUUCCGCUGAUGAACCUGGCCAUUACGACUUCUGGGGCCAAAUUGUCCACCAAUCUGCCAUCAACAGUGUCUCCUUCACGACUUUUACAGGCCAGCACCUUUUUGACUGCUGGUGACACCCAUUAUUCAAUAUCGCAAUCGAAAGCCGUUCAAAUAGGGCCGACUUUCACAGUUUCCAUGUACAUGUUAUUCGCUGGUCAUCUCCGUCCCCAUGAUGAAGAAUCAGUUCGAGAAGCUACUUGGAAAGAGGUCAUGCACAAGGCCCGCUUGAAGUUGAGACGUGUUCCAAUGGAAACUUACUACUCAGCUGAUCAAACAAACUCACCUCAACUUCCCGGCCGGAGAGGGGUUGACGAGUAUGCCUACCAAGUCAUGCUAAUCGAGGAUUUGGAGGAUGGAAGAGUUCAUACGCUCGAGGAAAAUGAGCCUCAGCCACACAGUUUCGAAGGCGUUACGACAGCUGGUAUCAGAGACAUUUUACCCAUUCAUCAGAUAUCAAAGAUUUUCUAUGCCGACACGGGCAGAAUUCUCAACAUUAGCACAGAGGGAGAGACAAAUAACCCGGUCCUUUUGCUUAAGAGGGACUUGAAUGCUUUACCUCCCCGUCGCAUGAUGGAACAUGCCGACAUUUCGAACGAAUCUACUUUUGAAGCAGAGGAAGAAGAUCUGGUUGACGAGGAACAAGCCCAGCUCGAUGCACAGCUCAACGGCGCUGGCUCCACCAUAAAGCAAAGUUCAAGUUCCUUACAUGAAGACUCGAUUCCCGAAAAAUGGCGGUUGCCUCCUGGUCUCGACCCGGAAUGGAUUGCAUUUGAAGUCUUUAACGAGGACGAAGAUUCAGACACCGAAUCUGAAGCAGAGAAUCCCAAACCCCCCAUAAAUGAGCCAUCCAUCGACCCCAGUAUGAUAGCGGAAUUGUCUCUCAAGGAUAGGCAUACAAUGUCGUUUUCUCCCUCCCCAGCCCACCGCAAAGACGCUUCUCAAUCAGCAUCUGCAACAACUGGUGACACAACAACAGUAGCCAAUCCAUUAUUUGAAAACAUUCGCACGUCUCUCUCUCUCCUCGAAAUGCUUCUUCGCCUGACCUCUCUCCAACAAUUUCAACAACAAUCUCACCUUUCGAUCAGCGACGAGCUUCUUAACUUUUUCUUGGAGGAAUCUUCCUCGACUGGUGCCGGCGGUGAUGAACAGCACCGCCAACGUCUCCGCUCUGAAGCACGCCGCCGUGUUGGCUGGGACCCUUAUGAUGAAAGUCCUGUCAAGCGCCGUGGCGAAGAUUACCAGUACGGAUGGGGUCCUGGGAGUCCAUCAGGGUUCCUGAGAGAAGAUGACGAGCUCUAUACACCCGGCGGCGGAUCCCGGGGGUUCCAGCUUCGCUCUCGCGAAGGCACACCUGUGACCCCAGAGCGAAUAAGUUCUCCCGGUCUCCGGAUGUCCCUCAUUCAGAUGAGAGCUCGCCACUGGCCAAGAAGGCCGGAGAUAUUUCGAAAGAUAGGAAUGCCAGAUAUGGCACAGCAGAAUCAUUCGCGAGAUACUCCUCUUGUCUUCUUUUUCUUCGUUUAUUCCCAUUGCUUCAUCUACAUCUGCUCUUAUGACCAUUACUACAACCAAUCUUACAACUACUCCUACAACUACUCCUACAACUACUCCUACAACUACUCCAACAACUACUCCUACAACUACUCCUACAACUACUCCUACAACUACUCCUACAACUACUCCUACAACUACUCCUACAACUACUCCUACAACUACUCCUACAACCCCUACAAAAAAUCAUACAGCUACACUUAA